UGAUUUUCUUAUUUUAUGGCGGGUUUAUUUAAAAUUGGCAUAAGAUUGUAUAUUUUAUUAACACCUACAAUUGCGUGUAGUUCAUCAAAAUUAAUAAAACAAAAUCAAAUACAGAAAGACAAUAUAACAAAAAUAAUUAAAACAAAAGAUUUGAUGUGCAAACCUGCUAGUGUCACCAUGCGACCGUAUUUUGGAUUACUUCUACUUUGCUUUGGAUUUUUAACAGAUAUAUCAUGUCAAGAAGCACCAUCAAGCGAAUUCGCUCCACGUGUAUCAGCAACAUGCAAAGCCGGAACAAUGAACAUAAAAGUCCAUUUCAAUGGACCCUACUCAGGAGCUGUACAUGCUAGAGAUUUUCGCAUUCCAAGUUGCAUGGUCUUGGGCAAUGGAUCCGAUACAGUUGGAUUUAGUUUGAAUUUAUUUGCCAACCAGGGACAGCCGGAUUAUUGUGGCAUUCUGGUUAGCAACGUGAGUGCAGAUAAAACCGAAGAAAGAUCAAUUCAACUUGCAGUACGAGUUCAUAAAACACUAGAAUUGGCUGAUGAUAAGUUUUAUGUAAUAACUUGCGGCAAGACUGGAUUCCCAAAGGACGACAAUGCUCAUGUUAUUUUGAAGUUCUUAGAAAAUGAUCGACGAGUUCGAGAAACCGUUUACGGUCGUUCAUAUACAAUUCGGGCUGAAUUGACAAAGCCAAAUGCAACUAACGGCAUACGAGUAUCAAAUUGUUUUGCUUUUGAUAAAAAGAAUAUCAGUUUUCCAUUGAUUGACGAAAAAGGUUGUUCGGUUGAUCCAAAAAUUAUUACCACAUUCUCACCAAAUUCCGAUGGAACAUCAGCAAGUGCUUCACUCAAGUCAAUGUUUAAAUUUCCUGAAGGAUCUGAAGUGCAUCUCCAAUGUGACGUCCAUCAGUGCUCAACCAAAUGCAUUGAGGAUCUCUUCUGUGAAGAUGAACGAGCUAUUGCGGGACUUAGUUGGACAUCACCACCUGUCAAAGGUAGCCGAACUUUGAACGAAACCGACGAAGGCAGUCUUCUAGGUGCAACCACAGUUUUUGUCCUUGAUCCAGCAGAGGCUCCUUUAGUCUCAACGCUCUGUGAAGAUACUGGAAUACGACCAUCAUGGCUCUUGUGGCUUACAAUCACUCUUGGAGUGUUGUUCCUAAUUAUGUUACUUAUGAACAUCUUCCUUUGCACGGCAAUGAGCUUUAGCUGUGCUCGAACUGAGAUAAUUGAAAAAGAUGCAUCGAUCAUUGAAGAAUAUGACCCAUACAGAAGUUGGCAUGGAAGCCAAUAUGGAUCAAGAUAUUCGCUGCACGGACGCGAAGGUCAUAACAAAGGAUACGCGAGUGGGGGCUCAACGAUUCAAUCGAAUAGGUCUGAUAGAUACUAAGCAUGUUCUACUUCCAUUAUCUACUUCUCCUCAACAACACUCCACAUAACAUUUUUAUUUGUUUGACUUGAUUUGUAUUGCUUCUAUUUUUUAUAAAGAUCUGUACAGUAGCGGCCUGCCAAAAAAACAAAAAAUUAAGACACUUAUUUAAUUUAAAAAAGAAAAUAAUUCCGAAUUUUAAAGAAAAAGACAAAAACAUUUUGAAAUAUUCUAACAAAAUUUAAAAAUGCAUUGUUAUCUUGAGAAAAAAAAACAACUACUACUAUUUUUACUAUUAAUUAAUUUAAAAAAAAAAAAAAAAACCCCUUCUAUACAAGAGUGAUACACGUAAUAAUCUAAAUCUUAAAAAACUGUUCUUGAAGGUCAUUACCAAUUGAUACCGAUCAUUAUGCAAUUGUUCAUUCACGUCCUGGCUCUAGACAUUCCGGUGUUUAUGGACAUCGAUCCAGAGGACCUCCUAGUAACUUGUAAUAGUUUUUGAAAUAUAGUUUUUCAAAAAUAUAUAAACAAUUUCAAAGAAAUCAAUGUGUUCGAACUGAGUGAGAGAGAAAGAGAAAAAGAGAGAGAGACAAACAAACAAAAAGUGAGUCUUAAAUAAAAUCUAUUUUCGAAACGAAAGUAAAUAAAAUUAAAUUAAAAUUUUUAAGAACAUUAUUUUCGUACUACAUACAAUCAACAAUAAAAUUAUGCAUGUCAGUAUUUUGAUUUGAAUGAAAAUUAAUUUUUAAAAUUUUAUUUAUAUAUAUAUUUAUAAUUAUACAGACCUUCAAGGAACUCUGAGAAAGUGUAAAUACCUAUAAGAAAAAUCAAAAACAAACAAAAAUUAUCUACUAACAUCUACGAAUCUAUUUUUUGGAUCGAGACUUUUUUGAUUUGCAUUCCUGUUAAUAUUCUUUUUUUUAUUUGUAAAAUAAUUAAAAAUAUUAUUCGUGAUUCUAAAUUUAUAGUUAAUUCAAUUGGAGGAUAAUAAAAUUGAUGCAUAUGUACGUUACGUAUAAAACGACAAAUAAUAUUGAAAAGAAAAACAAACUCCGUUUUAUUAAAUAUUAAGUCACUAGUUUAAUAAGGAUGUUUAGAAUUAAGUUGAAGAACACAAAAUUGUAUAAACAAAAAUUGUAAUUAUAAAUUGCACAUACAUAUAGAUUUAUAACAAAAAAUAAAUAAACAUAAAUAAAUUUAAUAAUAAAACUAAAA